GAGCAUCAAAUUUCAGCGACCUCAGGCCCCUGCCUUUUCUCUUUUCUUCUUUCUUUAUUUCCAAACCCGCCCAAAUCCCCAAUAUGGAACCCGCGCCUCCGCCACAUGCGGCGGCUCCCCCUCUUACCACCACCUCAACGACCACAACCGCACCUGCCAUCCCUGUUACCUAUCCUGAUUCUAUUGACUCCUCGCCACGAUCCCGCAACACGGACUCAUGGGACGACCCAGCUCCUCCCCCUACUCUCCACUCAAAGGUCCGGCUCAUGUGUAGCUAUGGAGGCACCAUCGUCCCUCGUCCCCACGACAAAGCCUUAUGUUAUAUCGGUGGAGACACUCGCAUGGUAGUCGUGGAACGCAACACUUCCCUCAGUUCUCUCCACCACCGCCUCUCCCUUUCUCUUCUCCAGGGCCGCCCUUUUACCCUCAAGUACCAACUUCCCUCCGAAGACCUCGACUCUCUCAUCUCCGUUACAACCAAUGAAGACCUUGAAAACAUGAUCGAUGAAUACGACCGUACUUGUUCCCAAACAACGCCGUCAAGCAAGUCCUCCCGUAUUCGCCUAUUUCUUUUCCCUCUCAAUCCGGAGGGGAUCCCGGUGUCUUCCCAUUCAAUUGGGCCGAUUAUUAACAAUUCCACGAAGUCUGAUGAAUGGUUUCUUAACGCGUUGAAUGGGACAGGGUUGUUGGACAGAGGGUUUUCGGAUUCGGCGACGAACGUGAAUUGUUUGUUGGGAUUGGAUGACGAUCGUCAGGGAAAUGUUGUUGAAGUUGGUUUGAAAGAUGAAGGUAGUGGCAGUCAGAAGAAUAUGAAUUUGAAAAGUCAAGAUGUUCACUCGGUUCCUGAUUCUCCUAUGCUUGAAACUACUUCUUCUUUUGGUUCAACUUCUUCAUCUCCUUCUCUUGCUAACUUGCCUCCUAUUCGAGUCCACGCCGAGGAUCAGAAGGAUCAUAAAAUUAUGGGGAUUGAGGAACAGUUUGCUCAAUUUACUGUGACUGCUUCUGCUGCUUCUGGUGGAGGGGUGAAGCUGCAGGAUGAAGUGUUUGUGGCUUUGUCAUCGCCGCCUCCGAUGCCGGUGGGCAUACCUGUGUCUGGCGGUGGGGUGGGUUUGAGUUCAGGUGUGGUUCCUGGGGAGUAUAUGAAUCGGGGUUUUUCGGAUGAUGAGAGAUCGGAUCAUGGGAUUCCUGUUGGGUAUAGGAAACCACCACCUCCACAGUCACAGCCUCAGGGUUUGCCUCUUCAGAAUCAACAGAAGUCUAGCAGUGGUCAUGAUUUGGCUUCUCCGGAUUCCGUCUCAAGUGACAGUAGUUUUACGAAUCCAUUGUCACGCCAAAAACCUGUGAUUUAUCAAGACCCAGUUGUUCAAAUCCCAUCUGGGGCUAAUAGGAUUCCUACAAACCCAGUUGAUACAAAGCUUAAUAUCUCUGACCCCAACAUAAUCGCUGGGGUUCAGAUUCAACAACCAGUUCAGGAGUCUGGUUAUAUAUUUCAGCAACCUCAAUUUGAUCAACAGCAACAACCACAACAACAACAGCAAUUCUUACAUGCUGGUGCACCACAUUACAUUCAUCAUCACCCCACAGGGGCGGUGCCAAUCUCAGCUUAUUACCCUGUAUUCCCCUCUCAGCAGCAACACCAUCAUCAUCACACACAGAUUGAUCAGCAAUAUCCCCUGUAUUAUGUGCCUGCGAGGCAACCCCAAGCCUUCAACUUGCCUGUCCAGCAACCUACUAUUAAUGAAGCCACUACUGCAAUCCCAUCUAGCCGUCCGCAGACUCCUCCCAAUCCUACCAUGGCUCCUCCUGUAGCAUACAGAAAUGCUCCUAUUGCCAAACCUGAAAUGGCUGGUGCCACAGGAGUAUACAGAACAACAACUACUGGUACUCCGCAGCUGAUUCAAGUGCCAAAUAGUCAGCAUCAGCAACAAUAUGUGGGUUACUCUCAAAUUCAUCAUCCAUCACAAUCUGUUGCACCUCCCUCCGCUGCAACUGCCACAUAUGCUUAUGAAUUCACGGAUCCUGCACAUGCUCAGAUAUAUUACACUCAGCCUCUGGCACCCACAAUGCCUUCUCAGUACCAAACCAUGACUGCAGCCGCUGCAGUAGUUUUGCCAGAUGCAUCUUCUCAACUUCCGAGUGAUAACAUGAAGCCACAAAUCAGAACUUCACAGCCAAUAUAAAUCAGUUAAGAGGAAAGCAACUACAAUUUUGAAAGAAGGGUUUGGUUGAUAUCUUUAAAUUCUGUUUUAAUGUCUGCCUUUUUAUUGGUGUUGGUUUGUGAUAUGUAUUCCUGAAAGAUAAUAAGGAACUCUGGUGGUCUUUUACUAUCUUGUGUAUGUCAUAUUGUUGUUAUGGUCAUAGGAAAUGAAAGUCAUCUGAAGGUUAUACUGUAAAAGCUCAAACUCAAAUAUUGUGUGCUUUGUAUUGUUCAUAUAUCAGUUACUUGAUAAUGGUUAUACAAAAGCUUCGAGUUAAUUGUUUCUUACAUUGUUCUUGAUCCAGGGUUCCUAUGGUAUUCGGUAUGCAGAGACAUAUAUUUGCAAAAAUAAAUUCUUGAUAGAAGCUCGUAUAUGAUCCAUUACAUGGAAGAAAGAAUUCCCCAUGGAUGGACUCUUCAAGUCUCUACCCAAAACAAGACUAAAGUGCCUGAAAUAAGGAGACUUAUCUCACUGUUUGAUUUGGCAAAGUUACAUUUUCCGUUUUAAGUCAGGCAAUACUCUCAAAACGGAAAGACAUUUAUGAGGAUCCUUGCCUCCUCUUAUUGACCCUUCGACAGGCAUUAUGCCCUUAACUGGUUUUCCUGUUGAUAAAAUCCUUCUCUGUUGCUGCCAAUUUCCGGUGUCUUGCCAUGAAUUCUGCCAGUUUUUCAUCAUUGAUAUUUACAGUUGAUUAGUCUCAUUCUUAGGAUUGUGCACCAGACUUUUAUAUUGAUCUUUUUAUAGGUUUCAUAAAUGAAUCCUUCUUUAGUAUAGUUCCUCAAUCUCAUACAUCUCCUUGGAUGUUGUAUUCUUGAUAACAAAAAUAUUCGUUUUUCCGUCCGCACAAUCCUCUUUGAAACUCUGCCUGUUGCCCCAUUCCCCUACCCGACUUCCAAGGAUUCAAUGUAAUCAUUCAACAAACUUGAUUACACUUUUUGCCGUAGAGAAACUGUGGGUGAACUUGUGAUUGGAUAAUUAACUUCGUUUUUGGAUGAUAUACGUUAACUGGUGUGGUCAUCAUUUCUUUGAACUUCAUGCAUGCUGACAGACUUGCUUUCUCUGCUGGAAAUUCUUUUCGGUUGUCAAACGACUUCACCUAGUAGGCCAUGCUGUUAUUGCUGACAAUGUGAGAAACCUUCAUUUGCAAGAAUGUAGUUGUCAUGGACUUAAGGAAGAGUUUUGACGAUCACUGGGGUAUAAAAGAGUUUAUAUCAUCUUUGUCUUAUGCGACAUUUUUGGUAGGACAAAACUAUGAGCUCAUGAGGGUUCAGAGCGGAUAAUACCUCAUAAAGGUGUGAACUGUGGCAGGUAGGUUGAUCUGGGACGUCGGAUGAGUGGAUGCUCGGGUCUCAAAGUCGCACGGGUUCGGAGCUUAAGUCUCGACCCGUGAUAAGUGAUAUCAAAGCCAACCCUAAACCGUUUGAUCCACGUCAAGCAUCUCGAGGGCGGUAAGUAGGGUAAUCAGCCUCCGUGACGAGAGCGUCACGAGGUGGGGUGGGGAAGAAUGUCACGGAUUUAUGUCACGGAUUUAAGGAAGAGUCUUGAAUCCCACAUCGAACAUAAUAGGAGGGUCAUUGAGAUAUAAAAGGGUUUACAUCACCUCUGCCUUGUGAGGCGCAUUUUGUAGGAUAAAACUGUAAGACCAGGGGUCAGAGCGGACAAUACCUCAUAAGGAUACGAAUCGUGACAGGUAGAUUGAUCUGAGGUGUCGGAUGAGUGGAUGCUCGGAUCCCGAAAUCGCACGAAUUCGAAACUUAAGUUUUGACCCGUGACACAAAGCCUGUAUCCUGAUUAUUCUUUUCAUGUUUUUCAUUU